AUGGUCACAACAUCGGGCUUCUCGCAUGCACCAGUAACCCGCUUCGUGAUCCUCCUCUGCAUAUCCACGAGCAUUUUGACCUCGAUCCUCGACGUCAAGCACUACCUCGCAAUCCGACCCACGCCGCACCUCUGGCCCUACGUGCAAUUCUCACGAAUCCUGACAUUCCAGGCCGCAUAUACCUCGUCGGUCGAACUCCUCUUCUCGACCACGCUGCUGUACCAGUUCCGAGUGCUCGAGCGUCUGUGGGGCAGCCGCAAGUACGCGAGCUUCCUGUUCGUGUGCUUCUGGCUGAAUGUGCUGCUUUUGCCCGCGCUGGUGGUCACGGCGAAAGUGUGGUCCCUGGGCGUGUACAACUACCUGCCUAGCGGGCUGACCGCCGUCGUGUAUGCUUGCCUCAGUGCCUGGGCAGAUGAGAUCCCGCAGCUCUACCGGUAUAAGAUCAUCACAGCGAGUCCGAGUUCGAGUCCUCGAAGGGCGGGCGCACGAGGUGGAGAUGGAGAUGGAGAUGGAGAUGGAGCGGAAAGUCGGGGAAGUGCGACUGGACACAGCCCACAGCAGCCUGCGGGCAUCGUGCUGAGCGAUAAAUCUACGACGUAUCUCAUCGCGGCACAGUUGGCCUUGAGUCAGUUUCCGUAUCAGCUGCUCCCCGCUGCGGUAGGGUGGACGAUAGGCACGGCGUGGAUGGGCGAGUUGUUGCCGGGUGGCCUGGGGAGAUGGAGAGUGCCCAGCUGGCUGGUUGGAGAAACGAGCAAAAGCAAGGAACGAGGCCAGUUCGAGGGACUGCGCCGUCGUUUGGAGGAGGAAGGCAGCUCCGCCGACGGAAUGAGGAAUGUCAGUGAUAGUGUCGCUGCGGGCUCGAGCCAGGGGAACAAUGCUCGGAGAGGUUUUGGACGCCAGGUUUUGGGCUAUUUCACUGGCUCUUGA